CAUUAGCUACAUUUGGUUCACAGUCCCUACAAGGUAUUAUUGAGGCAGGGAACCUUUGGUGUGGGUUGUUAUUAAUAUGGCGGCAUACACUGUAAUUUUGUUUAUUUUUUCGGUGCAGCUGACUCUUUGUUUAUGUAAUGAAAAUGAUUUACCAAACGGAUGGGGUGACAAUAUAGCUUGGCAUAAUCUUCAAGAUGGAUUAAAGAAAUCUAAAAAGCAGAAUAAACCUUUGAUGUUUAUCCUUCAUAAAGCAUGGUGUGGAGCUUGUAAAGCUUUGAAACCAAAAUUUGCUGACUCUGAAGAAAUUGGUGAACUUAGUAAAGAAUUUAUUAUGGUGAAUUCUCCUGAUGAUCAAGACUCGAAAUACUCACCAGAUGGAGGAUAUAUACCAAGGAUUUUAUUUCUUGAUAGUAGUGGUGACGUAAUGCUUGAUUUCUUUAACGAAGAAGGAAAUCCUAACUAUAAAUAUUAUUACCCAGCAAUAUCACAAGUACUAACAAGUAUGAAAAAUGUUCUGCAGGCCAUCAAAAACAAAGCUCAAAAUGAAGAACUUUAGGCAUGAAAAUUUUGAAUAAGCAAGAAUCUAGAAAUUUUGUGCACAACUUGAGGAAUCACUCUAGAAAUUGUGCAUUGUUUUUGUAUACACUCCCAUUUUAAACAUCACUGUAAAUAAGAAUCUGGUUUUUAUUUACAUUUUUUCAUAAUUCUUUAAUUAAUAUCACCUUUACUUUUUUGUUUUAUCACUGGGAGUCAUAAUCAGUAACAUUUAAUAUAUUCUGGGUACAGUACUAACCAAACUGGGUUUUUUUUUUAUAUGUUUAUGGAUAUAUUUAUUUGAAUUUUGUAUCACAAUGAUCAGAUACUUUUUUACACAAGCUAACUGGGUGGAAAAGAAAAAUACAAAACAUUUGUCAAUUUAAACAUCAUAUUUUGAUGUGUGGUAAAAUAAGGUUUUAUAUUUGUUAAACUAAUCUCUUGACCAAGAUGUCUUAUGUAUUUCAUUUAACAAAUAGAACCGCAAGAAGUUUGUAAAUAUUUCAAAAGACAUAUCACUGACAAAAAAUUAUUUAUGUUGUAAUUGGAUCUCAAUUAAGAAACAUCGUUAGCUUCAUUGUGAUUAAGAGGAUUAAAUUAAAUAUCCAACCCUUUUGCAUUCAGAUUACUCUGUCAAAUAUAAAGCUUAUUUAUUUGCAUUCAUUUUGAAUUAAUUAUGGAUUAUCUCAUAGCUUUGAGAUUUCAGUGAUGUGAAUGUUUGUUUUAAGAAAGACAUUGUAGGGUAGGUAAGAGAGGCUGGAUCUAAUUAGUCUGAACAUAAAAGAAGUUGGAUAUUUGGACCAGAUAUGGCCAGUUUGAAUACUGAAGUGUUAAAAUUAUUGAAUGAUUGCAUGGGAAGAAAGAAAAACAUCAUGUACUCCUUUUAGUUAUUGCAGUUAAAUCAAUUAUUAAGACUUGAUCACCAAAUUAAAAAAAUGAAGCAAAACAACUUUUAUUGAUAAAUAAAAACUUCUUUAAAGGUCUCUUUCACCAUCUUAAUUACUUAAAUUAGUUUUCCUUUUGAUAACAAACAGUUCAAAGGUACACAAUUACUGUUGGGGGGCUUCUAUAACUGUAAAGUAUGUUGAAAACAGUUCUUCUCCUGCAUGGAUAGAGCGGAGGGAAACCAGUGCCACACCUCUUAAUAACCUGCACAAAAAAAUAAAAGACAUCCUUAAUAAGGAGACCGGCCUUUCUGAACAAAUUUUUUAAAUAAAUGAACAAACCUCCAUGAGAGUCGAAUUUUUAAUUCUGUUUCAAAACCUAAAAUAAUAAAAAACGUUCUUCUA